AUGCCCCCUACUGGAUCCCGGAUCCAGCCGCCGCCGAGGUUACACCAGGAGCGCGCCUGCCGCCGCGCAGCCUCCAUUGUUUCAAGCGGACGCAGCCUGACUGCCAGGAGCCCAGCGCGAAAACCAGUCCCCCAGGCUUGGCAAAGCAGGAGCCCUCCGUGGCAGUGCUUGGGUGUCGGGGCUCCGAGGCUGCGGCCUGACCUCUCCACGCGGUCGACAGGAACAUCUCCGGAUGCCAGGAGUCGCAAAGGGCCCACCAUGAUGACGAAACCACAGGCAGAGACCGGGGGAACCAGCGCGGCAUCCCAGCCUCAGGCCUGCCAGGACGGUGUUCGGGGGUUGGGCAUAUUCCAGGAUCUGUCUACAGACUUCUCUCAGGAGGAAUGGGAGUGCCUGGACGCUGCUCAGAAGGACUUAUACAGAGAUGUAAUGAUGGAGAAGUAUAGCAGCCUGGUCUCACUAGGUCUCUAUAUCCCAAAGCCUGAUGUGAUUUCCUUACUGGAGCAAGGGAAAGAGCCCUGGAUGGUUUCAAGGGACGUACCAGGAGGAAGGUGUCCAGAUUUGUACCAGGUACUGGAGACCCUCCCACCUGGUCCACGCCCACCGCCCCGUGAUCACCGAGACCCAACCUUGAGCACCGCCAGUCUUAUCAACAAACAGGCUAGUAAAUUAUAAAAAAUAAAAUAAAGGAAAUGUAGCUGGGCGUGGUGGCAUGCGCCUGUAAUCCCAGCUACUCCGGAGGCUGAUGCAGGAGAAUCGCUUGAACCCAGGAAGUGAAGGUUGCAGUGAGCCGAGAUCGCACCCCUGCACUCCAGCCUGGAUGGCAAGAGCGAAACUCCUUCUUGAAAUAAUAAAUAAAAUAAAGGAAAUGGGGCCGGGUGUGGUGGCUCACGCCUGUAAUUCCAGCAAUUUUGGUGGCUGAGGCGGGCGGGUCACUUGAGGUCAGAAGUUUGAGGCCAGUCUGGCGAACAUGGUGAAAACCCGUCUCUACUAAAAAUAAACAAUUAGCCAGGCAUGGUGGCGGGCGCCUGUAAUCCCAGCUAUUUGUGAGGCAGAGGCUCAAGAAUCGCUUGAAUCCCGGAGGCAGAGGUUGCAGUGAGCCGAGCUCGUGCCACUGCCCUCCAGCCUGGGCGAUAGAGCGAGACUCCAUCUUAAAAUAAAAUAGGCCAACCGAGGGUGCUCAUGCCUGUAAUCACAGCACUUUGGACGUCGAGGCGGGUGGAUUGCCUGAGCUCAGGAGUUCAAGACCAUCCUGGCCUACAUGGUGAAACCCCAUGUCUACUAAAAAUGCAAAAAUUAGCCAGGCAUGGUGGUGCAUGCCUAUAAUCCUAGCUACUUGGGAGGCUGAGGCAGGAGAACCGUUUCAACCCAGGAGGUGGAAGUUGCAGUGAGCCGAGACCACCAC